CCAAUAGAUGAGUAAGAAGCGCUGUCCAAUGCCAGCGGAGCAGGGCGGGACGUGCUUGAAAACGGGUGCGAAGUGAAAAAUAUCGCCAAACACCCAAAAUCAAGAUUCAGGCGGUUUUAACGUCUCUACACUUUCUGAAUAAAAACACCAGGUGACUUUGAGCAGAUAUGGCUCGUACUAAACAGACUGCCCGCAAGUCCACCGGAGGAAAAGCCCCCCGAAAGCAGCUGGCCACCAAAGCUGCCCGCAAGAGUGCUCCCUCUACUGGAGGGGUGAAGAAGCCCCAUCGCUACAGGCCGGGUACCGUGGCUCUGCGUGAGAUCCGUCGGUAUCAGAAGUCCACGGAGCUGCUGAUCCGAAAGCUGCCGUUCCAGCGCCUGGUCAGAGAAAUCGCCCAGGACUUCAAAACGGACCUGAGAUUCCAGAGCGCCGCCAUCGGAGCCCUGCAGGAGGCCAGCGAGGCGUACCUGGUGGGUCUGUUCGAGGACACUAACCUGUGCGCCAUCCACGCCAAGCGCGUCACCAUCAUGCCCAAAGACAUCCAGCUGGCCCGCCGGAUCCGCGGAGAGCGCGCCUAAACCGCCCGACCCCAAAAUCUCUCUCUCUUCUCUACUCUCGUCUUUCCUUCUCUCAGUGUGGAUCGUCAUGACGACGCCGUCCUGUGUGUGUGUGUGUGUGUGUGUGUUUGUGUUCUCUUUGCUUUGAGCCCCACGGCGAGCAGACGUGCGCAGACGUGAGGGUGGAUUUAUUUACGCACAUAACGUGGGCUGGUGUAGAUCUAGAGGGGUUUCCGCAGUAGCCGAGUUGUAGAAGGGAAUCUGGAGUUGGGAAUGUUUUAAUUCGAGGCUAAUUCGUCUGUGAUUGGAAUCGGAGCCCUGUCCGUAAUCCCACGUCCAGAUCAGGGCUGCACGCUGCGACCAACGCUCUGACGUCGCGAUACGGAACCAAUUCGGACGUACGGCAUAAAUCUGACCAACAGAACCCGCUUUUGUUGGAUUUAUGAAUCCUGAUUUAAAAGAAACUCGUCUGGAGCUCUGAUUGGUCCGGACGCUCCCAGCGCACUGCGAUUGGUGUAGAUUCUCGUGCCGCGCGCUCUUCCUCUGUAAACGUGUGUGUCUUCUGUUAUUUGAGUGCUUUUAUAUUAUUAUUAUUAUUAUUUUUAUCUUUACUGGAGUGAUAGAACAUUAUCUGUGUUCAUGUUUGUCGGAGUGUUUCACCGUAGACUGUUUCCCAACUUUCCAAUUCAGGAAGAUAAAGUUUUCCUCACACAUCGGCGAAUCGUCUUUAUCUUUGACUGCAGGCUAUAAAUACGUGUGUUGGGUGUUUGAGCCGGUUUCCUUUUAUUUUUAUCCCAUUUUCAUGAAUCCGGGUGUCAUUUGUAGGUGACUGCUCAGGUUUUUCUACAUUUUUUUUAAAAAGCAUAUCUUUGUGUUUUUCGGAAUUUACGAAAUGGAAAAAUAAACGUGUUUUUCCUGAA